UUAGUUCGGUCUGACAGGUGGAAAUGACGAUGGCGGAAAACUCGAUGCGAACGCGGAAGUGUGUCCUGUCUCUUCUUAUAUGGAUAAAUGAAGUGGAGAAUAUGAAAAAUCACAUAAACAUGUGAAAUUGUCCAUCUGUGUUGUCCAGCUGAAAACAUCAUGUCCUCCACGAGUCCAUCACUGUUUUCCCCUCUGCAUCCUGCAGUUAAUGAAGCCAGGGCAGCAGGUGAUCAUGGGGUUUACUCCUCAGAGAGACACGCUGGUCGUCUUCUUGCACAAAUGAACAAAAUGCGUCUUCGCUCUAAUUUCUGUGACGUGAAGCUGCUGGUGGGUGGACGGGUUUUCGAGGUCCACAAGCUGGUGCUGGCCGCCAGUGGUCCUUAUUUCACUGCCCUGUUCUCUGGAGCCAUGAGCGAAGCCCACGAGGAGGAGGUUCGAAUCGUGGGAGUGGAGGCUGAUGUCUUUGAAAUGCUCCUGGAAUUUAUUUACACUGGUUGUAUACAUGUGACAGUGGAAAAUGUACAGGAGGUGAUGGUGGCGGCAGACAUGCUGCAGUUGAGUGAUGUGGUGGAUGUAUGUGGAGAUUUCCUCCGUUCUCACAUGGACCCCUCCAACUGCGUGGGGGUCUAUCGGUUCCUGGAACAGAUCGGGUGUAUGGAGUUGUUACAGUUCACUGAAGAUUACAUCCACGUUCACUUUCUAGAGGUUUGCUCUUCAGAGGAAUUCUCCAGUUUGUCUAAAGAUCAGCUGGUAAAGCUGCUCCGCAGUGAGGAGCUCAGGAUUGAAGAUGAGUAUCAGGUAUUAACCGCUGGUAUGAACUGGCUGCUCCAUGACAUCCCUCUCAGGAAGAAGCACAUGGUGGAGGUCCUGGAGCCCAUACGCUUCACUCUGCUGUCUCCACAGAGACUUCACAAGUACAUCGAGGGUAUUUCUGACUUCAGUUUGCGAGUCGCGUUACAAACGCUGCUGAGAGAGUACACAGAGGUCAGCAAGUCCCCGAAAGAGAGCAAACCGCUCAGCCUUUUGCAGAUGGACAAAAUUCGCCCCAGGAAAAAGGCCCGCAAGUUCCUCUAUGCCAUCGGUGGUUACACUCGUCUGCAGGGCGGCCGCUGGAGUGACAGUCGGGCUCUGAGCUGUGUGGAGCGCUUUGAUUCGUUCAGUCAGUACUGGACCACCGUCUCUUCUCUGCAUCAGGCCCGCAGUGGUCUCGGGGUGGCGGUACUGGAGGGCAUGAUCUAUGUGGUGGGGGGAGAAAAAGACUCUAUGAUAUUCGACUGCACGGAGCGCUAUGACCCAGUGACCAAGCAGUGGGCGGCAGUGGCGUCUCUGAACCACCCUCGCUGUGGGGUGGGAGUUUGUUCUUGUAAUGGAGCUCUGUAUGCACUUGGAGGCUGGAUUGGCUCAGAAAUUGGAAAGACCAUGGAGCGAUACGACCCAGAAGAUAAUAAAUGGGAGGUUAUUGGAAGCAUGGCAGUACCUCGAUAUUACUUUGGCUGCUGUGAACUGCAAGGUUUUAUCUACGUAAUUGGUGGCAUUACUGAUGAGGGUUCAGAGCUGCGUUCGGCCGAAGUCUAUGACCCUAUCUCCCGACGAUGGAGUGCCCUUCCUGUCAUGGUGACCCGACGGGCGUAUGUGGGUGUAGCUAGUCUAAAUAACUGCAUCUACGCUGUAGGAGGCUGGAAUGAAGCCCUGGGGUCUCUGGACACUGUGGAGAAAUACUGCCUUGAGGAGGAGAAGUGGGUGGAGGUGGCAUCUAUGUCGGUCCCACGCGCCGGCGUCACCGCCGUGGCCGUCAAUGGCAUGUUGUACGCGGUGGGCGGUCGGACCUCCAGUCGAGACUUUUCAGCACCCGUCACCGUGGACUCGGUUGAAAUCUACGACCCUUUCCUGGACACUUGGACAGAGAUCGGUAACAUGAUCACUAGUCGAUGUGAUGGGGGCGUAGCUGUGCUCUGAUUGGCCACUUUUUACUGUUUACAUUCAAUGUUACAACUCCAUCCCAGCACUUGCUGCUCAACUUGACUCUUAUAUUAGAUAACACUGUGUCUAUUUGUUAUCAUUUUAACUGAGUGAAGACAGACACUAGGUAUAAAUCCAUCUGAUGCUAAGUUGAGGAUGCGCAUAUAGGAGUGUAUAAAGGAGGAAAUGAACGAAAAAGGAGUAUACAGUAAUAUCUUUUUUGAACACCACUUGUGUAUUUGUAUUUGGCACCAUAACCAAACCAAGCAUUAGUAUAACUGCUUUUUGUAAUGCUUAAAGUAAAAAAACAGGCAUUAUGUCGACUCUGAUUUAGGGCCAUUACACUGCUUAAAAAGAUGUUUGUGUGAGUUGGUUUGUGUUGUUAUUAGGGAUGCUAAACAAUUAAUCGCGAUUAAUCGUUAGCAGAAUAAAAGUUUUUGUUUACAUCAUAUAUGUGUGUCAUAUAUGAAUUUGUAUAAAUAAAUGUACACACAUGCAUGUAUAUGUUUUAGAAAUGUUUACAUGUGUAUAUACAUUUGUAUAUUUAUGUAUAAUUAAUAUUAUCUAUAAAUAUAAAUACUUAAUAUAUACUUUUUUUUUUCUUAAAAUUAUACAUGAAUGUGUUCAUAUUUAUAUAUAUACAUAUUUAUUAUACACAGUUCACACACAUAUGUGAUGUAAAAAAAAACUUUUAUUCUGCUAACGAUUAAUCGCGAUUAAUUGUUUAGCAUCCCUAGUUGUUAUUAUCAUCUGCAAUGCAUUGCUCCUCAUUCUGUACUUUUUCUACUGUAUAUUGCUUAUCUAGAGUGUCAUAUUUGCCUAAUUUAAGUCAAUUUAACUGGUUUUGUAUCAUUACUCUUUGUUCUAAGUGUUUCAUAAUCUAAAAAUUGUGUCAAGCAAUUUGAUGAUUAUAAAUUAUUUUAAUAAAUUGAAAUUCUAGCAGUUGAAAUAAUACUUCUGAGUAUUCAAUCUAAUAUAACUAACAGUUUAUUACCUAAAAUACCAACCAUGGAAAUAACUUGUUUAACUCAACAGAUACAAAGUUUUAUAUUUUUAAUAUAGAUGUAAUGACUGUUUGGCACUUGCCUUCAACCAAAACAUUUUAGGAGUGUAUGACAUAAUGAUUUAAAAAGACGUAAUCUUAUAGACGGUUUCAUCGGAGGCACGUGCAAUGACGCGAUUACGCGUCUGGUCUGAAAUGUAAUUCCGGUUUCAUUAUUUUUUUAAUGAUCUGACUAGUUAGUAAACUGAACUCUUGAACAAAUACCUCAGCGAAAAUAACAAUUGUAUUGGUUUCCUAGGUAAUCUACAUGUUGUUUAUUUUGCUUGUUAUAUAAAUAAACCACUCGAAA